UCACUUUAGCCAACCUUCACAUCGGAAACAAUGCAAGUGACGGCGAGGUUCUCCGGCCACUGCUCCGUCUACUCCUCCGCCAUCAAGCCUUCCUUCUUCUCUCCGAUCUCCACCAGGCUUCCCCGCCCCCAUGCCCUUCCAUUCCUCUCUUACCGUCCCAUCUCGCUCCAAAUCCGUCCUCUCAGCGCCACCAUUUGUUCCAAUUCGUCCUCCUUCUCCGAUCAUGCCUUCAAGAUUCAGGGCUCGGAGCCAUGCCUGAGAGCUGUGAUCGCUGGCAUGGAGAAAGUCUAUUUUAGUAGAAACCCCACCGCCAAAUCGAUCCUGGACCUUGUUCGAUCCCACGACGGUGACCAUGUCUUCUACGAUCAUGUGGCCUUUCGUACUUUUGGGGUAGACGGGCAUGGGAUUGAUUCCAUUGCGAAGUUUUUCUUGGAUUUUGGGUAUGUGCAGCGCGACGAGCUGAGAUUUCCUGCAAAGAAGCUGAAGGCACUCUGGUUUUCCCCUCCGCAAGCUGAGCAUUGUGAUGCUGAACCUUUGCCGAGGGUUUUCAUUUCAGAGCUUCUCGUUGAUGAAUUGAGUCCUCGGAGCCAGGAAAUUAUCAGAAAAUAUACUCAGUUAUCUGGUGGUGGAUACAAACAUGCAGCACUUGCCAGUACGUUGGGAUGUUUAACAUGGGGAAAACCAUUGUAUUCUGAUUAUGAACUGCUUUCCCGGGAGAGUGAAUAUGCUGCAUGGACUCUUGUAAAUGGAUAUGCGUUAAACCAUGUUACUAUUUCUACCCAUCGGCUGAAGUCGGAGAUUAGAGACAUUAACAAUCUGAAUCGGUUUCUCGAAGAUCAAGGAUACAAGUUGAAUUCUGAUGGGGGAGUAUUGAAAGUGAGCCCUGACGGCCUUCUACUACAAAGUUCAACAGUGGCUGAUUCAACAUCCUUCACUUUUGCUGAUGGUGUCACUGAAUCUGUUCCUUGCUGCUAUAUUGAAUUUGCUGAACGACUUCUGCUGCCCCAAUAUACAAAUUUGGCUGAUGAAGAGAUCCAGGAAUUCCACAGACGUGAUGGUUUCGAGGUGGGCAAUGCCGACAAGAUUUUCGAAAGCACAUCUAAGGAACAAUUGACUCGGAAAACUACAUGAUUCAUGAAAUUUAGCCGAUGAUUCUUGAAACUUUUAGCCGAAGUUUACAUGCUACAUGAAGUUUAGCGUACAUGAUACAUGUAUGUAUAUAUAUAUAUAUCAGUCAGCUCAAUGCUCAAAAACUUGUAUGACUUGAUGGUUCAGUUAGAAUAAUCUUGUUGUGGGAUUAUAAAUAAAGAAGAUUCAGAACAUUGAACCAUGAAGCAUCUUUAUACCUCACUUCUUUGGAAGUGAUGAAGUUUA